AUGUCAGGUCUGGAUGACGAAACACCAACAUCCUCUGGGAUUUUAGUGCUUGAAAAAGUCCAAUCAGCUACAUUGUCUCGUGAUAUCAGCGCAGUUAAUGAAAGUAGUGUCCUUCGUUCUAGUAAACCGAGACGUUUGCGUCCAUUUCCAUUCGUUCACGAGAAUAUUACGUUCAUCAAAAAAAUGGCAGAAUUGAGUUCUGGCAGAGGCAUUCAAGUGCUGAUACCAAGUACUGAUCACACGUUCAAGCUUAAUGAGGAGGCUCUGGAGAAGCUUCUACUCAGUGAUGAAGUGAAGGACCUCCCGGCCGUGGUGAUAUCCGUCGCGGGGGCGUUCCGGAAGGGGAAGUCGUUUCUGCUCAGUUUUAUCCUGCGAUAUUUGCAUCAAACGUACAAUUUAAAAGUAGCCGGCGGCGACUGGCUGGGGAACCCAGACGAACCCCUGAAGGGUUUCAGCUGGCGCGGUGGUUCUGAACGUCAUACCACAGGACUGCUUCUCUGGUCACAACCUUUCAUAGCCACACUCGAGAGUGGAGACAAGGUAGUGAUAUAUUUGAUGGACACACAAGGCACAUUCGACAGCGAGUCGACGGUGAAAGACAACGCCACGGUGUUCGCGCUGUCAACAAUGUUAUCUUCCGUUCAGAUAUAUAACGUCUCGCAACAAAUCGAAGAAGAUGAUUUGCAGCAUCUACAGGUGUUUACAGAAUAUGGAAGACUGGCGCUUGAGAGUAAUACUGGAAAGCCGUUCCAACGUCUACAGUUUCUUGUGCGGGAUUGGUCUUACCCGUAUGAUCACCCGUACGGCGCGGUGGGAGGCCAACGGCUACUGGAGAAGCACCUUUCUAUUCGUGAAAAUCAACAUCCUGAACUGCAGUCUCUGAGGAGGCACAUUAUGAACUGUUUUGAGGAACUAAAGUGCUUUCUGAUGCCGCAUCCCGGAAUCACCGUCGCUACUGAUCCAAAUUUUAGAGGAAAACUUUCUGACAUUAGCGCAGAAUUUAAACAGUGUCUUAAAGAAUUCGUCCCCAUGCUGGCUGCUCCCGAUAAUCUGAUUAUCAAAAAGAUCGCCGGACAGAGAGUGAAGGCGAGAGACUUGUUGAUCUACAUGCAGUCGUAUAUGAAUGUUUUCAGCGGGUCUACUUUGCCCGAACCAAAGUCCAUUUUAGCGGCCACAGCAGAAGCCAACAAUCUCUCUGCAGUAGCAGAAGCAAAGGAUGUAUACGAGACGCUGAUGGAUGAGGUCGCUGGUGGAGCGAAGCCAUACUUGCAGCCAGCGCUGCUGCAGGAGGAGCAUCGCCGCGCAAGAGACAAAGCUUUGCACAUAUUUAAUUCAAAAAAGAAAAUGGGUGGCGAUGAGUUCAGUGCGAGCCACAGCCAGAAAUUAAGAGAGGAGCUGGACGAGCAGUUCGAGCAGUACCGACUGCGCAAUGACGACAAGAACGUGUUGCGGCGGAUGGGCACGGCGCUCGUGCUGGUGGCGCUGGCGCUCGCCGCCUGGCUGCUGGUGGCCGUGACCGACGUGCUGAACCUCGCCGCGCUCAACCUGCUGGCCAGCCUCCUCGCCUAUGCGGCCAUCUCUGCGUUACUUCUUUGGGGCUAUUCCAGGGUGACGGGCAACCUUGGAGAAUGGGCUCAGAUAUUGGACGAAAAAGCGGCAUUGAUUAUGAACAUGGUAGUUCCGUCGACGUUGCAGAUGACUGCGUCCGCAGUCAAAAAGGAAGCGUAGCGUUAUACCAUCUUUUAUUUAUUCCAACCUGUUAAAACUUGUUUGCGAUCCAUUUCAUUUCAGCAAUAUUCGCUCAUAAAAUUGAUCUUAUUAACUACAGAAAAAUUGUAUUUUAAUCUCAAUCACAAAACUAUUUUCAUAUUUACAAAACAUAAAAAAUGUAAAUAAUAAAAUUGUAUUUUGUAAGAAUGUGUAUAAUAUGACAUCAGAACUAAUUUAUAUAAUAUUUUUGUUUUCAAGAUUUUAUUUUGGUUAUUUGUACCUAUUUUUUGUACUUAUAUAUAUAUAUAUAUAUAUACUUACAACUUGUUAUAUAUAUCAUUUAAAGCGUUUUGUAUGGUAAAAUUAAGUAUAUGAUAAUAUAUUGUUAUAUUUCACUCCUACUGCAAAUAAUACAAAAAUAAUUUUAA